AUUUCCCUUUUCUGUCUCACAAAAUAUACUGCUGGCAUUAUUCUGCUGAGAGUAUUAAAGGAAAGUAGACUGCAUAAACUUGUUAAUAUGAAUAAAUGUCCAAACAUCAUUGUUAGAAAAAAAUGAGGGAAGCAUAUAUGAAAACAUUUUGCACAUUUGAUAAUUGCAUCAGAGUGAGGCUGCAAUCUGACGUCAUUAAUGGAAUCUGUUUAGAUAAACAAGGAGCUGUCCAACAACAAGUGUGGAAGUGGAUCCGUAAAGCAGCAGCUAAUGUCAUUCUGGACCCCAGAACAGCGCAUCGUAAUCUUACUGUUUCUGAGGACGGCAAACAAGUGAGAUUCAGUGACCACCUCCUACCUGACAGCCCACUGAGGUUCCAAACUUGGUACGGGAUCCAGGGAAAAGAGAGUUUCUCUUCAGGGAGACAUUACUAUGAGGUUGAGGUUGGGACAAGGGGAUGCUUUUCAGUUGGAUUUGUGAAAGAGUCUGUUGAAAGGAUGAAGUAUAUUCAGAAAAAUACAGAGAAUGGCUUCCUGCUGUUGAUACUAGAGAAGAAUGUGUACAAUGUUUCUACAGCCCCCCCCACCUCCCUCUCUCUGAAUGAGCCUCCUAAGAAGGUGGGGGCGUAUGUGGACUAUGAGAGGGGGCAGGUUUCCUUUUACAAUGUGGACACCAGGUCCCAUAUCUACUCUUUUACUGGUUACAACUUCAGUGAGAAUCUCUAUCCAGCUGUUAACCCCUGUAACAGUGUGACAUCAGGUCCCCUUAUCAUCUCUCCUGUCAGUCACACAGACUGAUCUGAAACAGCAGUUUUCACACAGACAAGGAUUAAUAACCGUCCAUUUGAUGAUUAUAAUGUUGGGCUUUUUUUCUGUGAUAUUUGUUUGUCUACAUGCUUUGUCAGUGCCAACAGCAUUAAAUGAACUGAGAGAUUACAAUAAUUGCUUACAUACUAUAUUACCCUGAAUCUACCAAAGAUCACCUGCCUGUGAAUAGUGAUCAAGUGAUUUUAGUGGAUACAGAUAUUUAAUGAUUUUAAAUACAAUCACAGGUUGCUUGCAUAUUUCUUUCAAAUAUUCUUUAUGUCUGCUGUUAAAAAAAUGUUUCCUUUGCUUUGUUAUCUCAUUUUAUAUUAAAUGCAAGAGUUUGUUUACUUAUUAAUUUUUAAGUUUACCUUGUUAUUGAAGAGUACCAGCUUUUGUAUAAAUAAUGAUUAUUGGGGUACAAGGACCAAGGACCUACGUUUUAGCAUUUGUCAGGAAGUGUGUCAUAGUUCAGAUUCACCACCUGAUGGCAGCAGAGAGAUCACACUCCAGCAGAACCUGUUAUUAAUGAGUAAUACCUGAUGCUUGUUUGCCAUAAUUAUCCUCCCUUUAAAUACAAGCUUAUCCAUCUGUGGUGUAUUGAGUCUUGCUGUGCUAAUUUCUACAUUCUGUAUAAUUAUAUUUCCCAGACGGGAAUACAUAUGGUUUUAGGAUCAGUCUGCCGGUCACAUUGUACAGGUGUAACAAUGCACCAUGGCACAAAAUCAUUUAUUAAUGUUAAUGCAAAGAGGCACAGUAGGAAUAAUUU